AUGGCCACAGUGACGCCGGCAUCGAACUCCUACAUUGUGACCGACUGCCUAGGCUGGUACACGCCUGCCGGGCUCGCCAACACCAUACCGAUAACCGGCUUCUUUGGAAUCGAACUUCAUCCGACUCGAGUGGAUGAGCAGAAGUUCAUCUUCACGUCAAACAACAUGGCUGUCUUCGGGGUUUGGAUUUGCACCGACCAGUAUCCCAGCUACAAUUGGACAAUAUACGAAGUCAAUUUGAACGCACUUUUACAGAGAAGUAUAAAUUUCAAAAUGAACGAAAGAAAAGGCUCCCUCUACUUUGCUGUUGAUGACCAGUUUUAUGAGUCUUUUUACUGCUUCACGAAGUUUAAAGAGCCCCACUACGACGUGGUGAACAUCGAUUCGAGUUGCAGCGUCACCCUGAUGUUGGACGGCGUGAAGUUGCACCUCAGUGAUGAUUUGAAAAACAAAGACUUCAAGGUCUACAACAAGCUCUGCUUCCAUGUGGAUAGCGCUGGCCAGAGCGGUUGUCAGACAGCCAUCAUCGACAGAUGGACUGGAUUUUUCGAGAGUGGAUGCCUCUGGCACUGCAGCAGCGUAAACACAGAUUUGGACUACUGCACAACUGACGAUCAGUCUCACGAGACUUGGGAACCGGCGGUCAUCAAGCAUGUGGAUGAUAUCGAGAUGUGGGGCGUCAAAUUUUUGAAGAAAUACAUUCGAGUUAGUGAUCCAAACGCUGGGGUCUACAUGUGCGUCAGGUCACUGCCCAUUAAAAAGCGACUGCUAGGUGCUGCCGUUGAAAAAGGAAAAAAGGCCUGGGUUAUACAAAUUUUCAAUAUCAUCUACAACAAGGGCUUGGUUAUACAAAUUCUCCUGUAUAAACUGCAAUGUGUGCUGAAGAUGAUUGAAAACUCAAAAUAA